UCUUUCACUGCGCGCACGGUGUCGAUUACUCACUCGACGUCCUACCCCAAGUCCACAAACCAUAAACUGCGUUCUUGGUCGAGAACAGUGUAAAGGUUGUGUGUCUUUUUUUUGGGGACUGCCGCGUGUUUCGGAGCCCGCCAACAAACCAAGUGUUUCCCCAGGAGUUUGACGAAAACCGAUCCGACAUGUUGUCUCCUAAUGACGUGCAGCUCCACAUGGAUACACUAGAGAUCUACUCGAGGCUGUUGAAUCAACUCAAUCCAAGCCUGCAGAAACUGGUGUCUCUCGGCAAUAGUUACAUCCAGGCUUUCUAUGUCCUUGCCACCACCAGCGAGGCCUACUUCAAAGCGCUUGCCAGGAUCGGGGAGCAGGCGUUGGGCACCAAGUCAUCAGGCUCCAUAGGACGGAUCUUGAUUCAGAUCGCAGAAAACCAAAGGAAGCUCAGCACGGAAGUGGAGGGAGUUUUCAAAUUCCAUGCGGAGGUCCUUCAUGAUAUGGAUCACCACACUCAACUAGAUCAAGGCUACAUAUCAGACAGCAGAGGGCGCUAUGAGAUUGAGGUCCGCCGCCAAGCAGAUGCUCUGGAGAGGAGGAGGGGAGAAGCCCAGAGUGAGUGUGAGUACCUGGUCAGGCGGAGCUACAGCGACGCCCUGCAGGAGGAAGAGAGGAGAUAUCGCUUCCUGGCAGAGAAACACUGUGACGUCACACACGCCGUCGCACAGGUCAUGAACAAGACGGGGGGUGUUUCCCAGCAGAGGCUGGAGGUGUGGAGAGAGGAGCUGAACGCCACCAGAGGACGGGAGGUCAGCGGAGGGUCCAGCAGAGCAGAACACCAGGUGAGCAGGAGGGAGGAGGAGAGGAGUCCGUACUCGGAGGAGCAGCAGCUCGGAAGAGUGCCCUCUAGAGCACCGUCUCCCUCAUCGCUGCAGAGCCGCUCCAAUUCCCUUGCGGAUCUAACCGGGGACGGUCUGUUGGGUUUCGGAGGAGGCAGUACUGGCAACGGUGGUCGUAGUGGUAGUGGUGGAGGGAGGAGGAGGACCAUGAAGGCCGUGGCCACCCACCAAGCUGACCCAUCCAAGCCAACCAUCCUGGGCUUCCGGCAGGGGGAGUUGGUCACCGUGCUGGUCUCCCAGCCCAGGAACGGCUGGCUGUACGGACAGGCCCAAAACCCGUCUCGUCAGGGGUGGUUUCCAGCUGCUUUCGUGGAGGCCGUGGAUGAACCCUCAAAAGCCCCCAGCAGCUACAGCGGCUCCAGCAUGCGAAGCAGCAGCAGCAUGAGUGACCUGUUGGACCAAUCAGGAGGC